GAGAUGCAGAUUUGCACCUUGGUUUGGCCCAGCUUUGGAGGAGAAAUAGCCUGGGAUGUCACUUUUGUCGUCGUUAUCUUUCUAAUACCAGGUUUAGUCAUUGUCACCAGUUAUUCCAGAAUCUUACAGAUUACAAAAGCAUCAAGAAGGAGUUUAAAUGCUGGUUUAGCCUACUCAGAAAAGCAUCAGAUUCGUGUUUCCCAGCAAGACUACAAGCUAUUCCGAGCCCUUUUUGUGUUGAUGAUCUCCUUCUUCAUCAUGUGGAGCCCAAUUAUAAUAAUUAUUCUUUUAAUAUUAGUUCAGAACUACAAACACGAUUUAAAUAUUUUGCCAUCAGUUUUCUUCUGGAUAGUGUUAUUCACUUUUGCCAACUCUGCUGUGAAUCCAGUUUUGUAUAAUGUUGCCCAUUUCAGACGUAAAUGUCAGAAAAUUCUUCUCGGUUGUACAGGGAACCCUGUGAGGCACAGGGCUGGUACGGAAACCACUGCAAGAAGAAGUAACCAUGAACAACCAAAUUUGUCCUUCAUUACCAGAUAA